CGGAAGUGUGACCUUUGCACCUAAGCGGGGACGUUAGAGGGGCUCGUUUGUUUAAUGAUGGCGCCACGCGGCCGAAUUACUGACACUGCUGUAAUUGAGAGGCGGCAGGCGGGCGUUGCAGACUGACAAUUCAGAGCUGUACUGUGCAGGCCGGAUACGGAGGUGUUAGGUAUAAUGCCAGGUGCAACCGGCAGCAUGGACGUCCCUCCCACCGGGGACGAACUCGGAAAGGUCCUCCUGGAGGCGUUCGCCCCACUACUGAAGGAGACCGUCAUUCCGAGCACCAUCGUCGUCCACCUUAUGGGUUUCUUUAACAACGGUCUAGCUUUUGUCAGAGCGCUCAUUGCUGACGAGCAAAACAAAGGACCAAACGAGGCAAUGCAGGCUCUGCUGAUCAAACUACAGACCUGUGAGCAGCCAGGCUGGUUUCAAGCGUUCCUGAACGCACUGGCCAACUCAGGGUACGGUCAUAUCAAGAACAUCAUCGAGGGUCGAGAGACAAUCCAGGACAUGACUGGUUUCAAGCGCCUCCUACAGCUGUGGGCGCCGCAACUGCAGGUGGUUGUCGCCAUGGAGAUGCUGCCACACCUUCCCUGUCUUUCAGACCAGGACAAGGAGCAAAUCAUGGCAGAUAACCGUAACCAUGGAAACUCCCGGGCCCUGCUCACCCUGCUGGACCGUGUGACGCGCUGCGAGCCGGGCUGGUACACACAGUUCCUGCAGGGGCUGAGGAGGAACGGGUACUGCGGUCUCGCAGCUGAGUUGGAAGACAUUAAGACAGAAGACGGGGGCGCCCAGGACAUCUCUGGGGACAAGAAUGACAAAGAAAAGGAAGGUGAAGAUAAGGAGGGCGACCGGUCAGACUCAACAGGUUCUGCAGACUCAGAGGACGACACAGCUGUCCUCUCGACCACGGUAGAGGCGGUAACCACAAAUGGCCUGACCGCGUCAAACGGCGUGGUACAAUCGGUGACAACGGCCCUUCAAGAAGUCCGUAUAGAUGAAGUUGCUGAGAAGCAGGAGGAAGAAGGGGGUGAAAAGAUGACGCCUCUGCAGGCCGCGAAACCGCCUCCCGAACAACGACAGCUGAAGGACAUCCCCAUGCGCGGCUACCAGAUGGAGCUGGCAUUACCAGCACUGCAGGGACAGAACACCAUCAUCUGUGCACCUACCGGGAGUGGCAAGACUCGCGUGGCCAUUAAAAUUACUCGGGAACAUCUAGACGGUGCUACAACCAAAAAGGGGGCAGGCGUAGACGAACAGCGACGUGUGGUGUUCCUGGUGAACAAGGUACCGCUGGUAGAACAGCAGUGCAACGCGUUCCUGGAGUACCUGAGCCCCAAGUACGACAUUCUACCCCUGAGCGGCGAGACUGCCGCCGACAUCCCUGUCGGAGAGACUCUGCCCGAACAUGACGUGAUCAUCCUGACGGCGCAGGUGCUGGAGAACGCCCUGAGGGACGAACUCAUCACGCUGGACACCUUCUCCAUGCUCAUCUUUGACGAGUGUCACCACUGCCAGAAGAACGACCCGUACAACGCCAUCAUGACCAGGUACAUCAAGCAGAAGUGGGGGGAGGACAGCGGAACCAGGCUGCCACAGAUUAUCGGCCUGACCGCGUCUCUGGGCGUUGGGAAGGCGAAGAGUCAGAAGGACGCGGUGGAACAUAUCCUGAAGGCGUGCGCCAACCUGGACGCAGAGUGGAUCUCCGAGGUAGUGGAGCACAAGAUGAACUCCGUGGGAUAUAACCAGAAACCAGACGAAGAAGUGAAGGCUGUAAGUGGACGAAAGGAAGAUCCAUUUGCAAAUGUGAUACACAACAUCAUGGAGGACAUUGAGAAAACCCUGGCUAUAGAAGCGUCAAGGCGUCUGACACCAGAAGACCUGAAGCCACCGCGGCAAAGGGAAAAGCAGGCGUAUGAACAGUGGGUGGUGACCCUGGCUAGGAAGGGCGCAACACUGCAGAAUGAUGAAAUCAGCCGAGUCAUCCACGCCGCUACAAACCACCUCAGAAAGUACACGGAUGCUCUCGCCAUCAACGCCGACGCGCGGACCAAGGACGCCCUGCAGUACCUGGAUAAGUUUGUGGCUGGUCUGCAAAGAGAGGGGUUUGACGGCACCGAUAGAGAUCUGGUGAAGCACUUCACAGGUAGGCAGGACCGUCAUGUUUGUUUAAAUGAAUCAUUUGACGUGGACCUGUAUUAUCGUUGGCAGAGGCAAAGGGGGAGGCUCGAGACUUAUGCUGCAGAUGAGAAGUACUCCAACCCGAAGCUGGACCAGCUGAAGUACAUGAUCCUCCAGGCGUACGCAGAGAAGCCUGACUCCCGCUGCCUGCUGUUCUGUAAGACCCGUGCUCUCACCAUCGCCCUGCUCACGUGGAUGCAGGAGGACGAGGCCCUCCGCAAGCUCAACCCGGGACGGCUCGUCGGCGCUGGAGCGAGUGAGAGCACAGGAGGCAUGACCCAAAAUCAACAGGUGGAGCUGCUGGAGCUGUUCACCACUGGAGGCCACAAGAUCGUCAUCUCAACCUCCGUGGCAGAGGAGGGCAUAGACAUCGAGAAGUGCAACUUCGUGUUCCGCUAUGACUAUGUAGGCAACGAGAUAGGGAAGGUGCAGACCAGAGGACGUGGUCGUGCUGAGGGCAGUAAGUCUGUACUGAUCGCUGGAAGAGAAGGCGGAAAUGUCCUGAAGGAGAAGUUGAACACUAUCCGGGAGAAGUUGAUGGAGAAGGCCAUGCUCCAGGUGUGGCACAUGCAGAGGGAGAAACAUGGCGACUUCAAGAAGGAGGUCCGGCGUCUGCAGCUGGAGUCUAAGAAAGAGAGAGAUCUCGCGCAGGCGCUGAAGGAGUUAGAGAGGAAAACCAAGAAAGUCCGUGGAAAGGGGAUGAAGCUGCUCUGUGUGAAGUGCAAGGUGUUUGCCUGCAAUGUCAGCGACUUCCGCAAGAUCAAGGAGAAUCAUCACGUAGUGGUGGACAAGACUUUCCCCAAACGGAUCAUCAUCAAACCCCACCCACCCAAGAAGAUUGACGACUGGGAAAUGAACGGAAAAGUGUACUGCAGGAACUGCAGACAAGACUGGGGAAUACAGAUGGUGUACAGACAGGCCAGCUUCCCCACCCUGAAGAUCGAGUCUUUCGUCUUGGAGAAACCGGACGGAAUGAGACUGACCUGCCGGAAGUGGAAGAAAGCACCUUUUGAGGUGGAUGACAUCACCCCUGACGACAUUUCCGGGAUGCUGGAGACACCGGAAGAGGAAGAAGAAUCAGGAGAUGAGGAAGAAGAAACGGUGUACUACUGAUGUACUAGCUACCAGUGAUGUAGUACAGCUCAGCUUUGGGUACUUAACUAAAGUAGCACCUUACCUAUGCCGUCUGCAUUUGCCCAGCUUGCAAGUGUGAAAUUAAUCUAGCGUAAACCAGCUUUUUAAGAUAGAGAUUCUACAGUUUUAUGCAGUUGGAUGACAGAUAAUUCACAGAAUUUAAUGUAUUAGAAAAUUAAAAGAAAGAAAGAAAGAAAGAAAAGUAAAAGCUAAUGUUAUGUUAUGCUUUGUCAAGAAAAUAAUGUUGCUUUUUCUGCUGCUUUGAGGAUAUACUAUAGGCAAAAUAUAUUCUAGAAAAACUGAUAUUGGUUGGCGAACAAUCAACGUGAUGUUAGUGAGAUGCAUAUUGAGAUGGAUGUAUUAUUUCUUAAACAUGAAUAAGAAUCAUAUAGAAUUUUAAUGCUUACAAAGACGUUCUCUGAGACGCAAUGUUCCUGUCAUAUCUCUGUAAAGACACAUACGGAAAUCUUAUGUAUAACUGAAAUGUGCUUAUACUAUUUAGGUAAGACGUGUAUUGACAGAAAUAUAUUAUCUGAUAUUGUUAAGAAUAUCUCAACUUGGGAACUCUCAGCACGCGCUGGCAGCAUGUUGUUUUACGCACAUUCACCAUUAACGGGUGCAAUUCGAGAUCGGUGGUGGACAAGGAUAAAAGAACUUUCCAGAAUUCUUAACAAAUGGUGUAAACUUCUUACCAUGAUGGUUCACUGUGUUUGGACAUGUUGUUUAUCAUGAUGUCAUUUCGUUGUAUAUUUAAUGACAUAUUGCGAUGACGGAAUGAUAACGUCACCUUAUAGCAUAAUUAUAAUCUGAGCAAAAUAUGGAUUCUACAGGCAAACACAUAUCUGGUGAUGCUUUUACUUAUAAAUGGAAGGAUUCGCUCUUUCUUAAGUUUCAAUAUAAAAACUGCACGUGAUAAAGUA